AUGGAGCCAAAGUCAACUAUCAUCACGCUUUAUGACGCCGAAUUCGACUUACCCGAGAAGACACUGUCACCGUUUGCCAUACGACUCAGGCUUCUUCUGGAUUAUAAGCGCAUCCCGUACCAGAACGUUUGGAUCCACUUCCCUGACAUCGAAGCAUCCGCGAAGUCUGUCGGCGCUCCUCCGACGAGAAUCAAUGCGGACGGCAGACCGGGUUACACGAUCCCUUUCGUAACCAUCGCAUCCCGCGAUAAACCCAUCAUCGCACUUUCCGAUUCUGCUAAAAUUGCGAAAUACGUAGAGGAAGCAUACCCAGAUCCCGAGGGGAAGAUGCUACCGGCCGAGAUGCGCGUGUUGUAUUCGAUCUUCUCUCAAUAUCUGGCGCAGAACAUAGCAGGGCCGAUGUUCAAAUUUGUUCUCCCAGGACUUUUGCGUGCACUAGCUCCGCAUUCCCGUGAUUGGUUGAUCCAGACGCGUAAGAGCACCCUCGGAGUUACGAUCGAUGAAAUGAUCCCGAAGGACGAGAAAGCCCUUACGGAGGCAUGGCGGGCCUUCGAUGCCGCGUUCGACGAACUCGCCGCAUAUCUCGACAAGGCCGGAGAAGGAAAUUUUAGAAUCACGGGAGAAGUCAGUUACGUGGAAUUUGAACUAGUCUCGACCCUCAACCUGCUCAAACGUACCAAUCCCGACGAGGGAUGGAAGAGGCUUGAAGCUCGUAAUGGGGGUAGAUGGGCGAAACUUAUGGAUCUGCCUAUUUACAAGAGGCUCUUGCCGGCUAACCGAUUGAAUGCUAUGUUGUAGACGAGAAUGUUUCUUGGGUCUUACUGGAUGUACAGAAUCGUGAAUUGAAUUUUGUUACAACUAC